AUGGAGAUUGGGGGAGUAACAGUCGCAGGACUAGUAAAUUCAGGGGCCCAACGGUCAGUUUUAAAUCAACCCCUUGGGAGCUGUAGCAAACAUACAACUCCCAUCAUCGGAGCAUCAGGGAAGUCUGUCUUGGCAAUUAAUUUAAAGGGGCAACCAGUGGCAAUUGGAUCUCAAGUACUUUUCCAUGAAUUUUUGUAUAUGCCCGAGUGUCCUGUCCCUCUUAUUGGAAGGGAUCUUCUGUGUAAAAUGCAAGCUACCCUAGAAUUCAGCCCUUCGGGCCAGGUGAAGAUGAGUACCCCCGCCACAGAAUUACCCGUACUGUUAUGUCCAAUACAGGAGGCUUGGAGAUGUUAUACAUCAGUGUGUGUCAUGAGGGAAAGGACGUCUGAAGAGUGGGAACUGAUACAAUCUGUACCUGGGGUGUGGGCUGAGAACAACCCGUCAAGUUUAGCAAUACGUGCAGAACCAGUCCGAAUUACCCUGAAACCUCAAGCCAGCCCUAUACAACUUAAGCAGUACCCAAUUCCAAGUGAGGCCAGAGAACCAAUUCAACAUCACCUUAACAGGCUGAUGGAGUUAGGGGUGCUGACAAGUAUUACUUCUGCAUGGAACACACCUUUGCUGCCUGUUAAGAAGCCAGGGACAGAAGGCGAUUAUCGUCCAGUACAGGACUUGAAGGCAGUAAAUGAAUCCGUCAUAUCCAUGACCCCUAUAGUACCUAACCCCUACACUUUGUUGGGAAGAAUACCUGGAGGGAGUACUAUCUACACAGUAAUUGAUCUGAAAGACGCGUUCUUCAGCAUACCGUUGGCUGCAGAAGCAAUACCUUUGUUUGCCUUUACUUGGGAAGAUGUCCAAACAGGAGUUACUAGCCAGUACUCUUGGACCCGGCUGCCCCAAGGGUUCUGCCACUCCCCAUCUAUUUUUAGCCAACAGUUGAAUAAAGACUUGAUCAGCUGGCAAGAGGAAAAUGGGCCCUUGUUAAUUUAUGUGGAUGAUAUUUUGCUCCCCAGUCCAGACUUUGAUACUUGUUGGAAAUAUUCCAAAUCUUUGUUGCAAACCUUGGAGGCCCUGGGUUACCGGGCAAGUCAGAAGAAGGCCCAGAUCUGUCAGCUGGAAGUAGAAUAUUUAGGAUUUAUAAUCCAGAAAGACCAAAGGUACCUUAGUCUGGCUCGUACUGCUGCAAUACGUUCACUACCGAGACCUGAAACUAAGAAAGAGCUCCGUACAUUGUUAGGAAUGGCCGGGUAUUGCAGGAUAUGGAUUCUGGACUAUGCCACCAUUACAAAACCAUUAUAUUCCAUGUUACAAGAAUGGAGGCCAGAAACUGCCCCUUUAGAUUGGGAGCCCUCCCACGUUGCGAGCUUGGAAAAACUGAACAAUGCCCUGCUAAACCCACCAGCAUUAGGGAUACCCGAUACGACAAGACCAUUCAAACUAUUUGUGGAUGAUAGAAGAGGAGUUGCGGUGGGAAUGCUGACCCAAGCCUUGGGCUCCUGGGAACGCCCCGUGGCGUAUCUAAGUAAGAAAUUGGACCCCGUAAGCCAAGGCUGGCCAGGCUGCUUGAGGAGCAUUGCGGCUACAUCCUUGUUGUUAACUGAAGCAUUGAAACUCACCUUCGGGCAAACCAUUCAAGUGACUGCAUCACACUCCAUUCGAAAUCUGCUGGAAAAACAAGGGCCGAAAUGGAUGACGAGUUCCCGUUUAAGUAAAUAUACUGCCCAGUUGUGUGAAAAUCCAAACGUGAUUGUACAGGAUAGGGCAACAUUGAAUCCAGCUACAUUAAUGCCAGUGCCAGAGCAAGAGCCAGUACACGAUUGUGAAGAAAUAAUGACUAAAGUGUUCUCCAGUAGACCGGACCUAAAAGAUCAGCCAUUAAGGAAGAGACGAUCCCUAUUCUGCGACGGAAGUAGUUACUUACAGCAAGGGACUAAAGUAGCAGGAUACGCAGUAGUGGAACAAGGAGGACAUAUAGUCCAGCAUGGCAAGCUGCCCCCAGGAACUUCGGCCCAUAAAGCUGAAAUUAUAGCACUUACUGAAGCCCUACGGGAAGGAGCAGGACAGGAAGUGACAAUCUAUACAGAUAGUAAAAACGCUUUCCUCACCUUGCAAGUGCAUGGAGCCCUGUAUAAGGAAAGAGGAUUCCUCACCUCUGAAGGAAGGCCUAUAGCGUACGCACAUGAAAUCAGGGCACUCUUAGAUGCAGUGUGGAAACCUAGGAAAGUGGCUGUGGUACAUUGUAGGGCUCAUAAAAGACAGGAUGGUCUGGUCCAUCAAGGAAAUGCUCAGGCCGAUAAAGCAGCUAAGUCUGCAGCUCUUAAAGCCCCCCCUGUUGCCAGGAGUUUUGCUCACCUGUAUUAUGUAGAAGUUCCCACGGAUGUGGGAAGUCCUGUCUACACUCCAGAGGAAAAAAGAGAAGCUCAAGAUUAUAGUUACCGGGAUGUGAGUGGAUGGAAAGUCUUGCCUGACGGUUGUGUCUGGAUACCUCAAAAUUUGGCUCAUCCUAUAGUUUCCAAGGUUCACCAACAAUGCCACCUGGGAAAGAUAGCUCUGGAAACGUUGCUAAAGAAAUGGUAUUAUAUUGACCAUAUAUCUAAAUGGUGUGAUAUAAUCACCAAAGAAUGCCUUACCUGUGCACAAGUGAAUCCUCGUCGUGGACCAAAUCUGACCCCAGGAGCCAUACUGAAGGGCACUAGGCCCUUUCAAGUGAUUCAGGUUGACUACAGCCAUAUGCCAGCCGCUUGUGGACUAAAGGUAUUGCUCGUUGCUGUUUGUACUUACACUGGAUGGAUAGAGGCUAAACCAGCAACAGGAGAGACAGCAGCUGUAGUGUCAAAAUUUAUUUUGGAAGAAAUUAUUCCUCGAUAUGGUCUACCAAUACAAAUCAAUUCUGAUAAUGGACCAGCGUUUGUAAAUACUCUAGUGAAUAGUCUAUCAACGGCAUUAGGGUUGACUUGGAAGUUACACUGUGCAUGGCGACCACAGAGUAGUGGAAUGGUUGAGAGGGCAAAUCAGACUAUCAAGGCUCAUCUCACUAAGUUAUGCAUAGAGACUAAAGAAAAAUGGCCUUGGCUGUUACCAUUAGCCAGAUGCACCCCACGAAGCUCAGGCUACACUCCGUAUGAAUUAAUGUAUGGCAGACCACCACCUCUGCCAACUGGAGUUGAGGUAUUGGAAGACCAUGGACAAGUACGCCUUCAGAAACAACUGCAGGCUCUGAAUAGGAUUGUUGGACAAUUACAACAGUAUACUGAUCCCAGUCCAUUACAAGUUACAACUAACAUGCACGCCUUUGAGCCAGGGGAUUUAGUAUGGGUCAAGGUAUGGGAUGAUAAACCAUUGCAGCCUAAGUGGAAAGGUCCAUUUGCAGUAAUAAUGGUUACUCCCACGUCCUUGAAGGUUGAAGGGCAGACUCCAUGGAUUCACUGGACCAGAGUGAAACCAGCAGCGAAUCCAGAAUGGGAAGUAGUAACCAACACACCAGGGGCGUUGCGGAUGAGGAUCCGGAAGCGUGCCACUACUGGAAGCAGGGACGCGACGGGAGAAGCCUCCUCGGGACCGGCAACCGAGUGAGCGAAACCAGAGGGUGCUGCAUCCCCUACUUACCCGGAAGAAGUAGUGGGACACCGCCCGAAGAUCCAGAUCUGUCCAGAAAUAGCAAUUAUGUCCUGUUGUAAAUUGUCUUAUGUGAUCAUUUUGUUUCAGUUCUUAGUUCUUUUGAUUCUGAUAUUGUUUCCCCCUUAUUGUCAAGCAUCUGAACCCCCAGGCAUGUGUCAAAAUUGCCAAGAAAAUACCUUUCUAACAUUGGUAAAUCAAGUGGCAAAAGAAUUUAAUUUGUCAAAUUGCUGGAUUUGUGGAAAUCCUCAAGGGUUUCCUCAAUGGCCGUGGAUGGCAAUUCCCUUAAACCCUAAAUGGUUGUUAAGCAACAAGAGUGAUGUUCAUAAUGGAAGUGACCUUUGGACUACUAAUCACAAUUGGGAAGUCCGCUGGAAUCCUGGAGGUCAUUAUUGCAUACAACAAAAUUUGUCGGAGGGGGUCUUGGUCGGAAAAUCAUAUUGCAAUUGGACUAUGCAAUGGGAACAAUUUUGUGUUAUUGCCUACUGUCCCAUUACGGAUUGUAGCAAAGAAAUGCAUAGGUGGAAUCAAACCCAUAUUCAAUUGAAAAAUGGUACUUGGUGUGUCUGUACUCCUGGUAGUGAAAAUCCACUUAUAAACUGUGAUGUGGUAUGUGAUGCAGCAAAUUCCACCACUUUAUUAUGUCAGUUGCAUAACUGUACCUCAGAUCAGAUACUUGAGGAUUGGGCCUGGCAAUGGCGCCAUCCAAAUGGAACCGUAGUAAUGGGGUUCAGUCAAUACUGGAGUAUAGUAAAUGAUACCAGGACUGGUAGAAGUUGUAAAUUUAAUAACUCCACAGGAAUAUGGAAAUGUACACUUCAGGGGACAAAGGCGGCAUUGCUGACAGGGCCAUUGGGAAAUAAGGAUACAAAAUAUUUCUCAUAUGAACAUCGAGCUCCACAAUUACCUGACUCAAUCCGAUAUGCCCUAAAAGGACAUUACUGGAUAUGCGGUCAUAAAGCAUAUGCCAUCCUGCCAGUAAAUUGGACAGUUACCUGUUAUGUAGGAAUCAUUCAACCCAUGUACACCUUAAAAGGGGAAAAUCUAAAUCCCUUAGUUCCAGUGUUUGCUGAUGACAAAGAUGCUCGGAGAAAGCGGACCAUAGAUACAAGUAUAGCCAAAGGUCAGGGAAAUGAUUGGGAGGACGAAUGGCCACCCGAAAGAAUCAUUGCCACUUAUGAUCCUGCGUCCUGGGCACAGGAUGGUAUGUGGGGCUAUAGGACUCCUAUUUAUAUAUUGAACCGUCUCAUCCGGUUGCAGGCGGUAGUGGAAAUAAUCACAAAUCAGACUGCUGGAGCGCUGGAUCUCCUAGCAGACCAAUCCACUCAAAUGAGGGAAGGUAUUUUGCAAAAUCGUUUAGCCCUGGAUUAUUUAUUGGCUAAAGAGGGUGGAGUUUGCAAAUUGUUAAAUCUGACAGAAUGUUGCUUAAAGAUUGACAACAAUGGGCAGGCUGUAAAAGAUCUUACAAAUAAGAAGAAGAAACUCGCCCAUGUACCCAUACAAACCUGGAAGGGAAUAGAUUUAGGUGAUUGGAGUUCGUGGUUCAGUUGGUUUGGAGGAUUGAAAGGGUUAAUAGGUAUUGUCACUGUAUUAUUAUUGUUAUGUUUGUUGUUGCCAUGUGUUUUGUCAGUAAUCGUAAAUCGCUUUAAAAGUAUAAUUUUAGGUACAAUGGAAAACCAGGUAGCCCGACAGAUGGUGUUACAAACCAACCGAUAUCAGCCAGUACCUCAAGAAGAAGAGGAAAAAAAUCAUUUGUAGUACAGUAUUGUGUAAUACUUUAAUUAUUAAAAAUAAGAAGUUAAAGUAUUAAAGGGGGGAAUGAUAAGGAUAAAUAACCCCCUUAGUCUGUUGUACCUUCCAAAUGUUACUUUCAUUGCAGUCACGCCAUCUUGACACAUAUGCACUUGUUGUUUUGCUGUAUUCCUGGCCUUAUAAGGCAAUGUUCUUUUGUAACAGUUUGUGACUGAAAUUAUGGGACGCAGAGACAGAG